AUGAUCGCGCUAAUCAACAAACUGCUGGACUGGUUCAAGGCACUAUUCUGGAAAGAGGAGAUGGAGCUGACCCUGGUAGGGCUGCAGUACUCCGGGAAAACGACCUUCGUCAAUGUGAUAGCGGCCGGCCUGUCGGAGGCAGAGCAGGAGCAGAUGAGGAAGAUGCUGAACCAGAAAGAGUCCAACUACAACAGACUGCGCCGGGCCAAGAUGGACAAAUCCAUGUUCAUCAAACUCAAGACUCUGGGCAUCGGUGCGUUUGGUGAAGUGAGUCUGACACGUAAAGUGGACACGGGCGCACUUUACGCCAUGAAGACACUGCGCAAAAAGGAUGUCCUCAACCGCAACCAGGUGGCUCAUGUGAAGGCAGAGCGGGACAUCCUGGCGGAGGCAGACAACGAGUGGGUGGUGCGUCUCUACUACUCCUUCCAGGACCGCGACAGCCUCUACUUUGUCAUGGACUACAUCCCCGGAGGAGACAUGAUGAGCCUCCUCAUCAGGAUGGGCAUCUUCCCCGAACAUCUGGCGCGCUUCUACAUCGCGGAGCUAACGCUGGCCAUCGAGAGCGUCCACAAGAUGGGCUUCAUCCACCGAGACAUCAAGCCCGACAACAUCCUCAUCGACGUGGACGGACACAUCAAGCUCACCGACUUCGGCCUGUGCACCGGCUUCCGCUGGACACACAACUCCAAGUACUACCAGAAAGGGAGCCACGUCAGACAGGACAGCAUGGAGCCCAGUGACUUCUGGGACGAUGUGUCGAACUGUCGCUGCGGGGACCGGCUGAUGACUCUGGAGCAGAGAGCGAACCGGCAGCACCAGCGCUGCCUCGCGCACUCUCUGGUGGGAACCCCCAACUACAUCGCACCAGAAGUGCUACUGCGCAAAGGUGGGGGGAAAUCUGAAGGUUACACCCAGCUGUGUGACUGGUGGAGCGUGGGAGUGAUCCUGUUUGAGAUGCUGGUGGGACAGCCGCCAUUCCUGGCCCCCACACCUACUGAGACUCAGAUUAAGGUGAUUAACUGGGAGAGCACCCUGCAGGUUCCUGCUCAGGUCAAACUGAGCCCGGAGGCCGUGGACAUCAUCGGGCGCCUCUGCUGCUCCGCGGAGGAUCGAGUGGGCUCCAACGGCGCCGGCGAGAUCAAGGCUCACCCCUUCUUCUCCCAGGUGGACUUCACCAGCAAUCUGCGGCAGCAACCGGCCCCUUACCGGCCCAAGAUCGCCCACUCGAUGGACACCUCCAACUUCGACCCCGUGGAUGACGACUGCGGCCCCGGGGCGUGGAGCGACAGCGGGGACAGCAGCCGGGCGCUGGACAUCCUCUGCUCUCCUAACGGGAAACACCCGGAGCACGCCUUCUACGAGUUCACCUUCCGCAGAUUCUUCGACGACAACGGCUGCCCCUUCCGCUACCCGAAACCCCCCGAGGUCAGCGAGGCAUCGCCAAGCCCGGAAGAGGAGGGCGAUCAGGAGGAAGAAGAAGAAGAAGAAGAAGAGGAUGAUGAUGAUGACGAUGAGGAUGAUGACGAGGAAGGAGAGCAGGGGGAAGGGUGUGAGCCGGUGUACGUGUAGAGCUGCAGACUGACUUUCUGAGCGUCUUUUUAGCUCGUGACACUUCCCCUAUCACUGCUGUGUGUGUGUGUGUGUGUGUGUGUGUGUGUGUGUGUGUGUGUGUGUGUGUGUGUGUGUGUGUGUGUGUGUGUGUGUGUGUGUGUGUGUGUGUGUGUGUGUGUGUGUGUGUGUGUGUGUGUGGAGAUUGGUGAACAUCACCCCCUUGUGGAAACUAUAGUGCGUUCACAAUGACUUCAAAUAAACAAAACUCCCCUCAUCCAGGACCAAGAAACGACAUCCUGCGUGCAUAAAGGCUGAAUCGGUUAGAAAGGAUUGAAUCUUGAGAACGUGAGUAUGAUUGGAUCACAGACAAGAUGUCAAAUUCGAGGACUGCUUCUGGAUCUUUCCGGCGGUUUCUUGUCCCAUUCCUUCCGCCCUCGUGUCUUACGGACGACUGAAAAACCUCCGCGGUGAUCUUUUGACGCAGGAGCUGCUUCACACCCCGAUAUCGGACACGCGAUGUGACACCAGUUUACUGUUAGACAGUGAAGUAGAGGGAGACUGAACACGCCUCUUUCACAGCUGCUGCAAAAUAAGCUACAGAGACACAUUGCAUUCACGUGCACACACUCACACACAUGCAUCAGCACAGUUUGGGGUGGAUGAAGAAAUCUCUGCAGGAAGAUUUCAGUGUCAAUAUUUCAAGAAGUUCCUCUGAGAAACGGCCAUCUUGAUAUCUGCCUUUUGUAGCAGAUCAAUCUUGAAAUAUUGGAAUUAAAUUAACUAAAUGAAAUGUGUUUGGUUACAUAUAUCUUGUAUAUCCACAGCUGCCUCAUUUUGUGCCAACUGUAGUUCACCGUGUUGAUUUGUCCUUAAGACGGAGCCUGAUCCUUCUUCCCUAAGAGGUUACUGUUACAAAUAUCUUUGUGUUUUUAAGAUGCUUCAAGUUACUGAUCCUCUAACUAACCAUUUCAAAGCUCAGCUACAAAAGCAUUCGAUCCUACAAAAAACAUGGAUAGAUUUCACACAAGGCUAAAAAAAAUCAAGCCUAAUUCGGUUUUAGUCGGAUCAAAGACUGAGGUGUUCUUUCACACAAAGAAUUGGAUCAAGAAAGCAAGAAAACCGUUUUUAUGAUACUUCCUGUUUACUUAGGGGGGCAGAGAACACCCAAUGCUUUGUUCUAAGGAACAAACUGAUGAGUAGAAAGAAACUUUAUUUAAAGAAAUUAAGAGAAAUCAAAGCCAGACCCGGCCAGGCCUGAACCUGCCGGGUCAGAUGGUGCUGAGUUGGUUUCUCACUGAGAAUCAAAACUCUAACACACACACACACACACACACACACACACACACACACACACUCACACUCACACACACACUCACACACACACAAAUCAAGAUGCACACUUUUACAGCUAUUUUGCAAAGAUGAGUUGCAUUGUAACUUAACCCGCCCCCUCGUAUCUUCUGGAGGGAAACACAAACGUGCAACAUGUUCUUACAACAGCAAACAUGUGAUAGUUUGACUAUGUGCAAUACAAACAAAUACAUUAUAUAUAGUUUUCUAAACACUUAAUAUCCUUUUUUUUGUACUGAAAUGUACAAAUAUAUUGGUUUAUAUAUAUUUUCUCUUUUCAGUUACAACAUGCUGCUUAUUAUUGUGGUUAAUAUUAUUUACAUUAUUAUUAUUAUUAUUAUUAUUAUAAUUGUUAUUACCUGUUUUUCUUUUGUUGUGGCCUAAAGAAGUGUGCUUGGGUUUUGAAAGUAAUGAGCCGUGUGCCUUUUUUCUAAUUGAAUGUUGGGAGUGUGUGUCGUCGCUCGAUGACGAAGGUGAUGAUGAAGAUGACGAUCAGUGUUUUUGCAGAACAAAGAUGGCGGACUCUUCCUCUCCUGCUGCCGGGCUGGUCCUUAACGCAAGAGAGGAGGAUUCAGAAAGAAAUUGGUAGAUACAAGUUAGAGGAGGGGCGAGGCAGGAUGGCUUCAGGAAAUGUAAUCUGAAAAAGAACAAAUAGCUUUCUCUGUUUAUACAAUUUCAACAAAGAGUUUGUGUUUGGUACAUUUUCCUUAUUUAUCCGAAAUGACCACAAGUGUGAGUGUUGUUUAUCUUUUACUACAGACCUGUGCCAUGUUCUGUUUUGACGCUAUCAUCCAGUACCUUCUCGCUUAUUGACAAUCAGUAAACGGUGACCGCUCUCUGUCGAACCGUUUGAACACCAAACCGUUCAGUAUUCUGAAUUUGACCUUGAAGACUGGGAAUGCUCAAGAAGUCUGAACUUUUUCAAGUGAUUUUUUUGACGCAUAACGAUGAUGGAAAAUGUGAGGAUCAGAAUUUUUUUUUUUACUUGCCUGACAAUGUAUUGAAAGUUUGUUUUUCUGUAAAUGUGCCGUGCCUUGUGUGAGCAGCACAAUCUUAAAAUAUUGCCUUAUCAUCUUUUUCACAAUCCUCUUUUUUUAUUAUUUGGUUUAUAGAAGUCAACACUGGCUUUAUUUACAUGCAUCAACAACCUUAUUUGUAUUCCAUUCAGUAACUCACAAUAAAUAGAUUUUUAAGGAAAGUGGUCAGAACAUUAAAUUACUCAAUGACAUAAUAAACAAGGUGGCAUUUUAAUGUAACUUAUCAUAUGUUUCAAAAUAAUGAUUUAGGAAAGUGAAAAAGGGGUUUUCCACACUCUAAAAUAAUGCAACUUGGGUCAUUUUAGAUUUUCUAAAGCUCAAAUGUUACAUUUAACAUCAGAGAAUGACAUAUUUGUUGCAUGAUUACACCAAAAAACAUUUUUCUUUUGCCAUAAAUGUGUUUUUAACAGUGGCUUUAAAUCAGGGGUGUCAAACUCAAUUUCAU